UAUGAAUACAGCAGCUUUUAAUCAACCCAAUCCCAACACCAGAUAAACCCAAAACCCAGCCCCAACCUUCCAACCACUUCCUACAACAUCGACAUUAAACAAGGGUUCUUUCCCUAACCAAAACCAAAAUAUGAUAGGAAACCACAAUAUGAUAGGAACCCCAAAUGUUAUGGGUACUAUAGCAAACCUAUAAUUGGUAAACCCAAAUCAUUUAAGAUAGCAAAAUCCAAUUUAGCCUAUUAAGAAUUAAGAUAAUAAUUAAAAGAUGGAAUUAGUAGAGCAGUUGAAUAAUGUUGUGCGUGAAGCAAAGGAAAGACGAGCUAAGAUUAUAGAUUUUUACGAAAAAUACAAAUAUUGAAA